UGAACUUGCGGACACGUACGGGUGCGCCAAAUCAUCAUCAUCAUCGGAUCUCGCCGGAGGAGCAACAGACUGAUUAUUCACUUUUUCUAACCAGGAAUCUGCUCUUAAAAUACGAAUUAUUCUAUUCCCUGUGUAUACCGGACACCUGUAUAGAUAUGGAUGAGAGCUACGAUGUUAUUGUGCUUGGCACAGGUCUGAAGGAAAGUGUGCUGAGUGGACUUAUGUCAGUGAACGGCAAGAAAGUUCUUCAUCUGGAUCAGAAUAAGUACUAUGGUGGAGAAAGUGCAUCUCUAACUCCCCUCAAAGAUGUGUAUACAUACUUCACGAAGGAGAUGCCAGGUGGUGAUGACAGCAUGGGGAGAGGCAGGGACUGGAAUGUGGAUCUCAUCCCAAAGUUUCUCAUGGCAACAGGUAAGCUGGUGAACAUACUGAUCAAUUCUGGAGUGACUCGUUACCUGGAAUUCAAGUCGGUGGAAGGGAGCUAUGUCUUCAAGGAUGGCAAGGUCCACAAGGUCCCUGCUACAGAAACAGAAGCACUGACAUCUUCUUUGUUGAGCUUGGGUGAGAAGAACAGCUUCAGAGGAUUCCUGAAGUACAUCGCUGAAUUCAACCCCGAAGACCUGAAGGAUGAAGUAGACCCUGAGACGACCACUGCACAGGAACUCUAUGAUAAGUUUGGAUUGUCCAAGUCUACCGUUGACUUCACUGGCCACGCCCUGGGUCUGUACAGAGAUGACAGCUAUCUAGCACAACCGUGCGGGAAGACUAUCAGGAGGAUCAAACUGUACUCUGAAAGCCUUGCUCGCUAUGGCAAGUCACCGUAUCUCUAUCCAAUGUAUGGUCUAGGAGAGUUACCACAGGGAUUUGCUAGACUGUCUGCUAUCUACGGAGGUACCUACAUGCUAGACAAGCCCAUCGAUGAGAUCACGAUGGAGGAUGGAAAGGUCACGGGGGUCAAAUCUGGCGGUGAGGUCGCCAAGUGCAGCAUGGUGAUUGGCGAUCCUAAGUACUUCCCUGACAGAGUCAAGAAGGUUGGACAGGUUGUUCGUGCCAUCUGCUUGCUGAAUCACUCUGUACCUAACACCUCUGAUGCGGCUUCUUGCCAGAUUAUCAUCCCUCAGGGCCAGGUCAAUCGCAAAUCUGAUAUCUAUGUCCUGAUCGUAUCCCAUGCCCACCAUGUUGCUACCAAGGGACACUACAUCGCUCUAGUUGCUACCACGGUUGAGACAGGCGAACCCGAAGAUGAGUUGAAACCAGGUCUAGAUCUGCUUGGCCCCAUCGUCGAGAAGUUUGUGUCUGUCUCGGACAUGUAUGAACCAAAUGAUGAUGGCAAGGAGAACCAGCUCUUCAUCUCGAGCUCUUACGAUGCGACCACACACUUUGAGACAGUCCUCGACGAUAUCCAAGAUAUAUACCUGAGAGCUACCGGAGAAGCGAUAGACUUCUCAAAAGUCCAGCACGAUCUAGAAGCCAACAAAGAUUCCCAAUAAGCUCUCUCUGUCUGUCUUUAGUUCCAAGUCACAUAAAUAGUCCACUAUCUCCUGUGUGAGUUCUGUAGUGAGAGAGCUAAGAGGCUGUAUGUGCACGAGAAGAAGCCGUAUAAAGCAAUUUUAUCAUUUUAAGUCUGUUUUAUCGCUGCUCAUGAUCUAUUGAACUCCAGUAUAGUUGCAUAUCACUACUUAAAGUGCAACCAUAUGAUGUGUACUUAAAGUCAUCUUGUAAAUGUAAUUUGAAUUGAUCAAAUGGUAUCACAUAGAUUGUGUUAAAGCAUAUGAAUAUAUAGGGUGGUUUAUUUUUGUUUUUCAAUAAUUGGAUGUACAGGUGGUGUAAGGGGUAGAUUCGUAACUCAAAAUGAUUUUGUUUUUCUUCUCCAAAUUACCCGGUAGUGAGGUGGUGAUAAAUGUUUACAUUCCACAUAUUUUAUUUGUAAAUUCUGAAGUUAGACUUCAAAGGAUUUUUUCUUCUUCUUCUUAUUCCAGCUGUAAUUGUGAACCAAUCAUGCUUCCUAUUAACAGUGAUAACUUGUACAGAGGUAAUGGAUGAUGAUGUAUACUACUUAAUGAGUUAUGCCUUUCAUGUUCAUAAUGUGUGUAUUGCAACUGAAGUAGAGCUAGGCUAAUCAAACUUGAGGUCGAGCAUUUUAAAUGCACUUUCCAUAAAUGUACAUGUCUGUGAAUUAGAGCAAAAGACAAAAUUAUUUCUUAUUGCUAUUUUUGUUUUUUGUUGUUGCAUAACAUACCUAGUAUCACUGCUUUUAGAAUGAAGAGUAUCUAUCACAUUUAGUAGAUUAGAUUAUCAACUCUGAAAUCAUCAACUCUCUUGAAAAUAUGUGCAAACUUCAAAGAGAGCAGAUUGAAAGGUUAUGGAACAGAACAGAAUAUUGUAGCACAUACAUCUCUGAGAUGUAAUAAAUUUGUUGUGUACGAAGGAACAUGCGUUACCGACAGGAUUUUGAGAAUUUUGAGGAAAAGAAUCUGUAUCCUUCACUCUUUUAUGUGAAAAAACAAUCUCACUGAUAAAGUAGGCAGUCCCAUUGUAAUACAAGUAGCUGAUCUAUAUCCAUUUUAGCGAGAGAAGCUUGGUAAGAUGCAUACAAAACAAGGCCUCUAAUCUUUAUCUGAAGGAAAACAUUUAGUUCAUGAAUAAUGAAGGCUAAAAACUACAUGUCUUGUACAUAACAAAGAAGGUUACCAUAUAGCUCAUGCCAUUGUUGUUUGAAGAAAAAAACAGGAUUUAAAUACAACCGCAAUGACUACUAGUUUAGAAAUUUAUGGCAUUUAAAUCUGAAAACAAUAUACAUACCUGUUGAAUUAUGUAUUGUAAUCUGUCCAGUGUGAUUGUGCUUUUAGAGUAGAGUAUGUGGAAUAUCUUGUUCUUUACUUGCUAGAUAGUUUUCUCAAAAUCAUGUGCAACUGAAAACCCAUACUGUGUCCUUCCUAUAAAGCUUGAAAUAUAAAUACUUUAGUGUGUGAAUGCAUGGAAAGGAUAGCUGAUGAAGAAUGAAAAUAUGUUUUGUUUCGAAUUGAAGUUGAAGAAAUUAUUUACAAAGUAAGUAGGAUUCUGGUUGCUUCAGAAUUUAUAUGACAUCGCUUUCAAUGUUCCGUACACCACAAGCAUGUUCAAAUGAAAGUAAUUGAUUCUUCAUGACUGUAGUCACGUCAAUGUCCACAAAGCUAUGAUAUUGGGGUUGAGUAAGAUUGAUAUUUACAUGAGUUGAAAUAAUGUCAAGUAUGUUUCAUUCUCAACUUUAAAGAUGAUAUUGAUUUUUGGUCUUCAAUUUUCAUUGUGAAGGAAACUGACUAAAAGUUAUUUUGAAUGGCUGAUUAUCGGAGUAAAUAGAUUUAGUACAGCAGGUAGGACUUUGUCACAAAUUAACCAAAUCUUGCUGAAAAUCACAAAUGAUGGAGAAAAAAAAACAGACAGGCAUAAGAGUCUAGGAGGACAAAUACAAACAUGUGGCAUUUUGGAUUUGGACCAAAGGAGACUAUUUCUAAUCAUAUUUAAUGUAUUUAAUAUAUGAGCACAUUUCAUUUCUAGAGCAAUUCUCUUCAUGAGACAUUGUUUCUUUGAUAUUAAAUCACAUGGGAAUUAGAAAAAAAAUGGGAAAGCCCCCAUGUUUAUUUUCUUCUGUAUAAGAACUCAAACUUAUCUUUGAGCCAAAGGAUACGUGGUUGAACUUCUUUUAUCCAUAAACUUGUAAUGUGAGGAAUUCUUAGUAGUUGCAAUAGAGCUGACAAUCUUCUUUUUUUCUUGCCCUUUUUAUGAAAUAUUAACUGAUUACAGAAAUAAAGUGUACAUUUUUCAUGAGCAACAUUCAAAGAGUUUUGAAAGCUUGGGAAUCUGCAGAUAUCACAAUGCACUGGAAUAAAUAAGGUGUGAAUACAUUGUAUAAUGAAUUAAGUAGCAUGUAUGUUUGCAAUAUAAUGGCUGAUGUGGCAUUCUAGAAAAGAAAAAGUCUUAUUUAAUAAUGUAUCACCUGGUGGGGAAAAGUAUAGUACUAAUGAGUUUCAUACCAAAUCUGCGCUGGAACACCUAGUGAUGCUCAUUUGCUCACAAGCCAUGUGCUUCUUUAGUUGCAAUAUUUUUUUGUAUACAAGAAAGAUUAUUGUUUUAUUUUCCAUGAAAUAUUUGUGUAGUUGAUUAUUCUGAUCUUUUCAAUGUUUACAUUUUUUAUUUAUCAUCCAUAAAACUUGCCUUUAUUUGAUAUGAGAAGUGUGUUUGAACUGGAACAAUCCAUACUGAAAAACCUUAGUGCAUUCAAGCCUACUUAAGUAUGUUUGUUGAUAUGAAUGAAAGCUCAUAUGCUGUAAAGUCAGCAUUUAUGUCAUGUUUUAUCAUAAACAGAUUUUAUCUUGUUACACAUUCUUACUUAAUAUAUUCUUAUCUCUGAUUGCAAUACAAGCCAUUGUGGUUACAAAGAGGUUUUCUUUAUUUUGUAGUAGCUAUAGUCAAUCAUGUAUGUAAAAUUUAUUGUUCCUAAUUCAGUGUCAUGUUAGUAGGGUGAGGGAAGUGGUGAUGGUUGGCAAAGUGCAAAAUAGUUUUAAAAAUAUACACAAAUUACAUUAUUUGUUUGCGUAAUGGUCCAUACAUCUACAAGUAAGGUUGUCUUUGUUGAUAAGCGUUGAUAUGACACAAAGGCACUUCCAUGUUCAUUCCAUGUCGGGUUCAAUUCAAAAGACGCAAUUUCAAAUAUUCAAGAAUUUGGAGACCACUCAGAGAUUCAUCAUUUCUUUUGAUUCCUCUACAAUUCUUGAAUUUGUCACAGUGUUUCUGUAGGUUAGGAGUAGUGGUAUAAAUAAAUAAAUAUACAAUAUCUAUGGAUCUUACCUGGCCUUCGUUGUGCAGUUAAUAUAAAUGGGGGACAACAAAUAGAGAUGUGUAUGUUAAUUAGCAAUGAAUAGAUAUAUGCCAUAGUACUGCCUGAUAUAUGAAACCUUAAACUUGGUAGCCGUAUCUACAUUUGUAAUUCCAAGCAAGUUGUAGAAUUUGCAUUGCCAUGGCUGUCAUUUAACAUGUUUUGAAGGCCCUAGGUGUAUUGCAGUUUAUUUGCUUCAGAAUGAAAUAAAUGUAUGGUCAUCUGCACGCAA